AGCCUCUUUGCGAGUGGAAGCACCGCCCCGCGCGGUGGCGCCCUCCGCUAGCUCCGCCUCUUCCCCUCCGGCCGCCGCCCCGCCCCACGCCGCGGACCCAAACACCGGCUCCGGCUGCGCGCCGCCGCGCGUGAUCGCCGGCGCGGCCGAGCCCCGCGCUCUUGCUAGUGCCGCCCGCCCCCGGCCCCGGCCCUGGCCCCGGCCCCGGCCCCGGUCCGGGCCCCGGCAGAGCGAUGCUGCUGCUGGCUGCCGCCUUCCUCGUGGCGUUCGUGCUGCUGCUCUACAUGGUGUCUCCGCUCAUCAGCCCCAAGCCCCUCGCCCUGCCCGGAGCUCAUGUGGUGGUUACUGGAGGCUCCAGCGGCAUCGGAAAGUGCAUUGCCAUUGAGUGCUAUAAACAAGGAGCGUUUAUAACUCUGGUUGCACGAAAUGAGGACAAGCUGUUGCAGGCAAAGAAAGAAAUUGAAAAACACUCUAUUAAUGAUAAACAGGUGGUGCUUUGUAUAUCAGUUGAUGUGUCUCAAGACUAUAGCCAAGUAGAGAAUGUCAUAAAACAAGCACAGGAGAAACUGGGCCCAGUGGACAUGCUUGUAAACUGUGCAGGAAUGUCACUUUCAGGAAAAUUUGAAGAUCUUGAAGUUAGUACUUUUGAGAGGCUCAUGAGUGUCAACUACCUGGGCAGCGUGUACCCGAGCCGAGCGGUGAUCACCACCAUGAAGGAGCGCCGCGUGGGCAGGAUCGUCUUCGUGUCCUCUCAGGCCGGGCAGCUGGGCCUGUUCGGCUUCACAGCCUACUCUUCCUCAAAGUUUGCCAUCAGGGGAUUGGCAGAAGCUCUGCAGAUGGAGGUGAAGCCAUAUAAUGUUUAUGUCACAGUGGCCUACCCUCCAGACACAGACACCCCUGGGUUUGCCGAAGAAAACAAAACCAAGCCUUUGGAGACUCGUCUUAUUUCAGAGACCACAUCUGUUUGCAAACCAGAGCAAGUGGCCAAACAAAUUGUUAAAGAUGCCAUACAAGGAAAUUUCAAUAGUUCCAUCGGCUCAGAUGGGUACAUGCUGUCCUCCCUGACCUGUGGAAUGGCUCCAGUAACUUCCAUCACUGAAGGGCUCCAGCAGGUGGUCACCAUGGGCCUUUUCCGCACUAUCGCUUUGUUUUACCUGGGAAGUUUCGACAGCAUAGUUCGUCGCUGCAUGAUGCAGAGAGCUAGAUCGGAAAUUGCAGACAAAACUGCCUAAUUCUUACCCCUUGGAAAAAGACUUCCGAAGUCACUUGACCAGCUUGCUGCUAAAGGGGGUGCAGUUUUUGCCUUGCAGACCCAUGUCUUGCUUUUGAAUCUGCAGGAUUGGACCAAUGCUCUUCAGAAACUUGGCUGCAAGCAAGGGGAUAGACGUUCAACUCCAGACAAUAUUCUUAAUACUAUGCAAAUACGGAGCAGGAGACAGCUUGAUUCUUGGAGGUGGAGAGGUGAUGGCAAGGGAACUAAUAGCGUGUGAGCAGGGCAAAGAACAGGAUUCAGGAGUGAUCGUGAAAAUUUUUUCUAUUUAUUCUAUUUUUCCCAGAAGAGAUCGAGUCCAGAAAUGUCCUUUCUGAGGACUUUUUGACCCUGCCGUGAAAGACAGUUUAGGGAUUUCUGGGGCCAUUUUUUUUCUCUUUUCCUUUUUUAACUCCAUGUAUUUUAUUCCAGAUGCGAUUCACACAUUGCCACUGUGUCUGAGUGCAUGAUAACGUCCCUAACUCACUCUGUUGCUGGUGGAUCCUCGUGGCUUCUCUCUCUUUGAUCCCAUAAAACUACAAGGGGGAUGGGAGAGGGCAGUGCAGUGGAGCAAGGGAGAUAAAUAUUUUCCAGUAGGAAAACAUAAUGCUUUCUUGUCUUUUUUAGACUCAAAUGCUUAGGGCACUUUUCAUUUUUCAUUAACGAAGAAAGGCAGCCUCCUAAAAUGUUUUCUGAAGAGAAAUAAAAUUCUUAGAAGCUUAAGGAUUACAGUUCCUUCAGCAGCCAUGAUGACCUGAUGCUAGCCAUUCCAUUGUAGUGUCUUACUCUUCCCGAGUCUUCCUUUCCAAUUUUGCUUAUACUGCUAUAAUAUUUUUGUAAAAAAACAAAAAAAAGUAAAGAGAAGACCAUUUUUUUGACUUGACUUUGUAAAUUAAUUAAUGAAUUUAUUAAAGCAAACGAAAAAAAUUGGAAAGUGUGACAUUUUUCUCCUCGUAGCAUAUAUGUAGCUUUUACAAAAGGCUGAUGAUGGAAUUCCCAUUGUGGCUCAGCAGUUCAUAAACCUGACUAGUGUCCAUGAGGAUGCAGAUUCGAUCCUUGGCCUUGCUCAGUGGAUUAAGGAGCCAGCGUUGUAGUGAGCCAUGGUGUAGGUCACAGGUGCAGCUUGGAUCUGGCAUUAUGGCUGUUGCGAAAGCUGGCAGCUGCAGCUCUGAUUCGACCCCUAGCCCAGGAAUUUACAUACGCUGUGGAUGCGACCCUCAAAAGAAAAAGAAAAAAAAGAAAGACUGAUGAUAGCACAUUUCAGUUGCAUUUCUUAAGAAAAAAAAUGUAGGAUGACAAGGCCAAGGUUGAAGAUACUCGUUUUUGAAAUAAAAUGAUCACCCCGUUCUUUCUGACUCUCCCACCGACCUUGAGAACGUUGUCUUUGUGCCACGUGUUAAGAGAGCCCAGCAGUCAUCAGUCUUACAGUACAGCCCUGGAAAUGCUGUUGGCCCCCUGACUGUUGUUUCCAGAGACCAGGCUCAUUGUUCAUUGGUGGAUUUUCACAGCAAGUGCCUCUGAUGAGUUUUAGCCACCGUUACCUGCUACACUCUGUGUCACUGUGUGUGUUCUUCAGACUUGAGGACAGACACCUUCAUUGUAACGCUGUAUCUCCUCCCUUUUUUGUACACAGUAAGUUUUCGUACACAUUCCAGUUCCUUUUGAUGAGAAAAGAUCACUGCUUUUGAAGAAGCUUUUUUUAUUGUUUUAAAAAAAAAACUGCAGGAGAUUAAAGACCUAACAAUUAUUGCAGACUUUUUUUUUUUUUUGCACUUGAGUUUUUGAACCUAUUGACCUUAAAAUGAAUUACUUUUUAUAAAGUCAGAUGCUUAAUGGCUUUAAUCCAUGGUGUCUUUUUAAAAGACAUGAGUAUGGCACAUUUUCAAAUACUGACAAAGACAUUAUUAUUUAGUAUAUAAGUUGCUUGGGAUGACUUCAUUGACGUUUAUGGGGGUGGGUUGAACCCAUAAUUGUUUAAUGAAUCUUUCAGUCUCAGCCUCCGUCCACAAAGUCUGUUGAGUCAUACUGGGCAGCCUCUAAAAGAGAGUAAUGGCUGUAUUUUCCUAAUGUACAGAAAACAGAUACAAAUUCAUAGCUGGAUCUUUCUCAAUUUUAUUCUUUUCCCAUAAAUCCUUUUUUUUUUUUGUAUUUUGGUCUUUCUAGGGCCACACCCACGGCAUAUGGAGAUUCCCAGGCUAGGGGUUCAAUCGGAGCUGUAACCAUCAGCCUAUGCCACAGCCACAACAACACCAGAUCCGAGCCUCGUCUGCUACCUACACCACAGUUCACGGCAGCACCGGAUCCUUAACCCACUGAGCAAGGCCAGGGAUUGAACCUGUAACCUCAUGGUUCCUAGUCAGAUUUGUUUCCGCCACGCCACGAUGGGAACUCCUCAUAAAUGCUUUUGAAUGUCAGCACCUUCUACUGAUGGUAUAUAUAUAUAGAGAGAGAGUCCAAGAUGGUGCCUCAUUUAAGAAAAUUAUCUCCCAGUAGGUAUUUCAAUAUGCCUUUCUCAAGGUGUCCUUAGAGUACUGUCACUCCAGGUCACCUACUGCCUGGACAAAUUUCAGAGCCCCUGUUCUGAAGAGGGGGAGAUAUUAUCCCCAACUCACCUGAAGCUCAGGCAUGAGAGCAGAUUUGUAGAGGUUAUCAUGUCAGGGAAUGGGCUUCCUUGUCAGAGAUGGCAAAGGUCUCUAGUCCUGGAACCAAAAGGCUUUGAACAUUGAGCUAUUUCUUUUUUUUUCUUUCUCAGUUUAAUGCUAUAAUUCUUGUGAUAGCAAAACCUGACUUGAACCUACAUGAGACUAUUAUAACUAUUUAUGCCACUCCGUAGGCUGUUCAUUGAUUUUGUCUGAAGAAAUACCGAUGGGCUUGAUUACAGGGAUUUUCCCAGACUCUGUGGAGAUGUCUCGUAAUAUCUAGUAUAUGCCCCAUAUUACCUUUUCAAAAUGCAAAAAAAAACAAACAAAACAAAAAGAUGAAUUCUGAAACACAUCUGGCCUGCAGAAUUUUGGAUGUGGGAAUCGUAGAUGCUUAGGCAGCAUCACACAACCAUCUGACUUCAAAAGAGGAAAAUAUUACAAGGCAAAUUCUAUUUUUUUAUCUUUUUUGGUUCAAUUCUGGUACAGCUUUUUUAUGCUGACUUGCUUUUUUGCUCAGGGGGAGAAGAGAAAGCCCCAAGUCAGACUGUUAGGAAAACUGUUAGUUUUAUUUGUUUUUUUUUAAGAAUCGCAUUGAUUCAACACUUUCUAUUGUACUCAGAAGUGAGUAGAUCUUACCAGUGGCAGAAGAAGUUUAAUCAUAAUUCUGUUGAAAUGUGGGUUCUCUGUAGGUAACUAACAAUAGCUUAUGUGAGUUUCAGUUCUGAAGUGCCUGACUCUGCCAGGUUGGGUUGAACUGUUUUAUUAUAAUAUUUGUGAGUAUAUUUAUUUUAAAAUGUUUAAUGUUUUAAAAUAAAUAGCAACUUCAAAAUAUGUUCAAGGACCCUUCAUUGUUGAAAAAGAUACAAAAACAAUUCUUAUUACUUUUUAUAAAAACAAAGUCAAGAGAGUUGUUUCUUUCUAUAUGUUUUAAAGUAUUUUCACAGCUGAAAAGAGAAGAAAUUAAAAAUGCUGUUAAUGAUGACCCCUUUACAUGAAUACUUAUGUAUGUUUAGUUUUGUCUCUAUUUAGAUCUGUUAAAUAUAUGUUGUUGUUUCUUGAAAGUGAAACUUUGAGAGACUAUUUCUAAUAUUUAGAUGACAAAAGCAUUUUGAUAGUUGCUUCUAUUCAAAGACAUAGAAGAAGGCAAUACCAUAAUAAUUUUUUUAACUGAGUUGUAUCAUCAACAAUUUAAUUUUAUUACAUCAUGUUCUAAUUUAAACAUGUAUUACUCACUUGAGGACACUUAAAUUCAUAAUUUUUGACAUAAAAUGUUUUAUAGCUUUCUCAUUUCCUUAAGUUCUUAGUAACUCAGCUUUGAAAAAUACCUACUAACCAUAACCUUCCAUAUUCUGGACUAGAUCUUGUUUAGUUCAAAGCAGUGAAGGCAGAUUUGGUAUUUUGAAGAGGAGAUAAUAGCUAUUAUAUUUUACACUUGCUUGACGUGACAACUCUAAAGACAUUUUUAAACUGAUAAGAGUGCAUAUGGCUAUUUUGAUAUCUAUUAGAACCUGUGUUUGCUACUUUAGAAGCUUUUGUGGCAGAAUUGUAACCUAAUUUUCAUAUCUUGUAUUUCUGAAUCACCACAAGAAAUAAAUGGGGAACAUGCUUUACAGAUUUGAAAACUUA